AUGGAAUGUUGCAGCUGCUUUUAAAAUGACAAAAACAAGAAUCUCAGGAAAAAUACCAAGAGAGCUAAUAGACCCAAAUCACAAUGGAUACAGGAUAAUAUUAGGGGAUCUGAUUAGAUUAAGGAUGUGAGUAAUAUACUUGCUCAUACUUCUUAUAUUUCUCCUCGAAACGAUAAUAAUUCUCAAUUUCAUAUUGCUACAAGCUCUUACGAUGGAGAAAAAAGUUGGAUUCAAGUAGAAUAUCCUUAUGACGCACCUCUAUCACCUAAAUUUAUUCAAGAUUCGCCUUAGAGAAAAUAGAGGAAGCAAGUAUCAUAGAAAAUAUAGUAGAAUAUAAAAUCACCACAAAUGCUAAAAAAUCAAUAUCACAUCUCGGCUGAUAUUAUUAAUAGCCCUCAUUUCCUACUUAAACAAGUAAAAUCAGUUGAUAUCUCAGUAAUAACCCAACUAUAGACUGCAGAUGGAGAAAAAUAUCUUGAUUACCUCUUCAAAGAAAGAAUAUCAAAUAAGCCUCUAUAUAUCAAAAUUUUGCUUCUUGAAAUGAAGAUGCUGAUGUCUCAGAUGGAUCUAAACUUAAUGAAUCUAUAAUCACUUUUUAAUAACCUUGAGAUUUUGAGCACCAACUUCUUAGUAGGAAGUAGUAAAUAUAUGCAAUAGUUUGAUGUAACCAUAAAUAAUGAGAGUAAUAUGAAUCUUAUGGAGUCAGAGCUAGAUAACAGUCACAUUCUACCUAGAUUCACUCCUCCUAUUUCAAAUAAUUAACACCUAAAUACACUUGAGGCUUUGCAUAGUGACUAAAAUACUGUAAUACAGCAUAAUAAUCACCUGUAAGCAUCGCAAAACAUCAAAGAGUUAAGUUAUGGAAUGGAAUCAAAUAGGAACUUAAAAGGUGAAAAUUAAUGUCAGACUACCUAAGAGUAAUCUUCUUCAAGACCAUAAACAGUUAUUUUAAAGCAUAAGCUUGAAAAGCUCAAAGGAUUUUCUCUAUAUGCAUAAAUGCUUUUAGUAGGGGAACCAAUUAAAAAGGCUUAAACAGCUUUGAAGCAUCCUCAAAAUCAGACUACACAUUUGGACACUGAGGAUCGCACUAGUUUCAACAAUACUACAGCUAAUAAUUUCACUGCCCUCUAGACUGGAGGUUAUCCUAGCAACUUAAACUAGCCAACAUAUAACAAUAAUAUCUCUAACUUGUUUACGAAUUCAGGCAAUUAUCCUGAUCAGAAUCAAACAGUAUCAAUGGGUCAUAGAUACGUAUCAGCUGAUGAAGUGGCAAAGAUAGAUAAGUAAGAAUGCUUGAAAAUGAAUAGUGAAAUGAUGAAAGCAAUGAUUGAAAGGAAAAUGCGCAAGAAUAGAAGUUACUAUGAACUCAGAGUUUUGAAUGAAGAUGGCUCUGACUCUUUACCACCAAGAACGCCUCUCUAGCUUGGACAGUAUAAUUAAGAGAGAUGA